AUGGCCUUCGAUUACGGCGUGGCUAUUGGCUUGGAGGCGAGGGGCGUGUGGCGCGAGUGGCUGGGGGAAGCGGAUCACGCGCUGCUUGCGCCGUGGCUGCGCGACCCAGGCACAUGGGCGGAGUUCGCCGCUGGCGCGGGCGCGGAUGUCUCCCCCGCCAUGCUCCGCGUGCAGCUGCGCGCGCGCUCGCUGCUUCUGGGUCGCGCCGUGGGGGAGGCGUGCGGAAAGGCGCAGGGGGAGGCUUGGGGGGAGACGGCGGAGGGCGGGUUGGCGCGGAGGAUGGGGGGGAGGGUCGCGGAGGGGAAUCCGCUGAUGGACGAUGACGUGUACGCGUCAGUAGAUGAUGACGUGUACCCGUGCCUGGAUGAUGACGUGGACGAAUGGCAUGCCAUGCUGUCGGCCGCCCAGCCGUCCGCCCACUGCAUGGCGGUGCUGCGCGCCAUCCGCCAGCAGGAGGGCCCUCUCAGCGCCGCCAUCAUCCGCAGGGUGGGUUUGGGCGCACCUCACACCGCAUCCCAGGACGCUGACCCGCCCCCCCCUUCUUCCCCCGCCUUCCCCUCACUCGGGGGAGAGGGGGAAGCAGAGGGGAACGGGGAAGGGGAGUGGGGAGGCGGAGAAGGGAGGGGUGGGGGGGAGGCGGGGAGGCAGGAGGAGAGGCAGCGGCGGCGGCGGCAGUGGCGGCUGCUGCAUGCUGUGAAGCGCGCCAAGCACUCCUGCAAGCCCUUCCGCGAGCGGGCGGCGCUCGUGCGCACAGCGGCCGGCAUGGCUCGAUUCGUUCAGCAGCAGCAGCAGCGGCAGCAGCAGAAGAAGAAUGAGCGGAGGGAGGGAGGAGUGGAAGGAGAGGAGGGAGAAGGGGAGGGUGACGCGGAGGGUGCGUGGGAGAGGGAGAGCCAAGGCGUGUGCCCUGACGACUGGGACAUGGAUGCAUUGGCUAAUGCCGUGCCUGACCCUGUGGUGGCCUCUGCCCGCCCCCCCUGGCACCUGCACUGCCCCUGGCGCAUGCAGGGGGGCACUCACAGGGGCGCGGGUUGGGGUGCGGGUGGGGGGAGAAAAGUGGGAUGGCACUCAUCGGGCGUGAGUGCAGGGAUGGGAGGGCGGGGAGAUGGGGAAGAGCGCACGCAGGCAGAGCAGCAGCGACAGCCGGAGGAGGAGCAGCAGGGAGAGGAGCGGGCGAGGGCGCGGCUGAAGGCAUGCGUGGCGGCGGCGCUGCAGCAGAUGGGGUGUGAGGGCGCGGCGGACAGCGCCCUGGCCGUGCUCACCGACGCCCUCUCCCACCGCCUCUCCCGCAUGGGCCGCUCCCUGCGCGCCUGCUUAGACCGCUGUGACCUGCUGCACCUCGCUGCUGUGGGCGUGGGGGGUGUGGGGGGCGUGGGGGGAGGCGUGGGGGGAGGUGUGGAGGGUGUGGGGGACGGGGUUGUGAUAGGAGAUGGGGAGAGGGUGGAGGAGGGGGAGGAGCGGCGGCAGCAGGCGAUGCAGAUGGCAGCAGCAGAGAUGAUGCUGUCUGGGGCUGAUUCUCUGCCCAUCUACUUGCUGCUCCCAGCACCACUCAUCUCUCGGCCAAAUCUUGAUAAAGCCCCACUCCCUCAACCUUACUCCACGCCUCUCCUCGCUCCCAUGCCCCACCCCGCCGCAUGCCCUCCCUCUCUCAGCACGCCAGCAUCGCUGGCCGCGUUCCUGCGCUGCCCCUCACAGCCCACGCGCCCGCCCCUACCGCCAGCGGCCGUGGCUGCCUUUGCUGCGUCGCUCGGCCUGCCCCACGCCCCCACUGCUGCAACCACGGAUAUGGCUGGGCCGGGUGGGACCGGUGCUGCAGGUGCUGUGGGUGGGAUGGGUGCCAUGGGAUCAAUGGGAGGAAUGGGAGGCAUGGGAGGGAUGGGGGGCAUGGGCAGUGGUGGUGGUAUGGUUGGUGGCGGAAUGGAUGGGUUGGGGGGGGCAGGUGCGAUGGCUGGACUCGGGGGGAUGAGCGCGGUGGGGGGGAUGGGGGGAAUGGGGGGUUUUGGGGCUGUAGGGGGUAUGGAGGGGAUGGGGGGAAUGGGGGGCAUGAGUGGGAUGGGGGAGAUGGGGGGGAGUGAGUCGGUGGCAGCAGCACUGGCGGCAGCGGCAGCAGCUGUGGCUGCAGCAGCAGCAGGGGGCCUCACUGGUGCUGCUGGCAUGGGGGCGGGUGGGGGGCUGGGAGCAGGCGGGGGAAUGGGGGCAGGAGGGGGGAUGAACAUGGGCAUGGGGGCUGUGGGGGAAGGCAUGGGGGCACUUGUCGGGGGAGUAGGCGGAAUGGGUGGAGCAAUAAGGAGGACAAGUGCGGGAAGGGGGGAAAUGGUAGGCGAUGGGAUAGAUGGGUUAGGAGGGAUGGGAGGAGGGAUGGGAGGAGGAGGGAUGGGAGAAGGAGGGAUGGCAGAAGGAGGGAUGGGAGGAGCAGGAGGGAUGGGAGGAGGAGGGAUGGGAGGAGGAGGGAUGGGAGGAGCAGGAGGGGUGGGAGGAGGAGGGAUGGGAGGAGGAGGAGGAGGAGGAGGAGGGGGAGGGAUGGGAGGGGGGGGAGGAGGGACGGGAGGAGGAGGGAUGGGAGGAGGAGGAGGGACGGGAGGAGGAGGGAUGGGAGGAGGAGGGAUGGGAGGAGGGGGGAUGGGAGGAGGAGGGAUGGGAGGAGGAGUAGGGAUGGGAGGAGGAGGGAUGGGAGGAGGUGGGAUGGGAGGAGGAGGGAUGGGAGGAGGAGGGAUGGGAGGAGGAGGGAUGGGAGGAGGAGGGAUGGGAGGAGGAGGGAUGGGAGGAGGAGGGAUGGGAGGAGGGAUGGGAGGAGGGACGCAAGGCCGCAUGGGGCAAGGCAACUCGGGGCAGGGCGGCAUGGGGCAGGGCGGCAUGGGGCAGGGCAGCAUGGGGCAGGGCGGCAUGGGGCAGGGCGGCAUGGGGAUGCAUGUGCACCUCUCCUCCCCUCCCUUCAACAACCCCCCUCCGCCUGCCUCUGCUGCAAUGGGCGCAGCUGCUACAGCCAGUGGCGGAGCCUCCCCUCCUCUCCCUCACUCCUCCCUCUACUCCAACGUCCCCUCCUCGCCCUCCUCCCACCCACACACCAUGCCUCCCCCGCUCACUCCCACGCUCUCUGCCCUCCGCCUCCCCUCCUCGGGCAACCCGCCCUCACUCCCGCACGUGCUCGCCUUCCCCUCCCCCACCGUGUCCCCUGCCUCUGGUCCGCUGGCAGGCCCAGCAGCAGCGGCAGCAGCAGCCCGAGUGCCGCCCCUCUCCAUCCCCGCCUCUGGAGUCCCUUCCUGGGGGGGUGCAGGGCCGCAGCAUGGCCCUGGGGGUGCGGAGAUGGGUAUGGGAGGCAGGCAGGGCAUGGGGGGUAUGGGCGCACCUGGUGCAGGGGCUGGGGGGGAAGGAGUGGGCGAUGGGGGGUUUGGUGGGGGCAUGGGUGGCGGUGCGGGUGGGGGAGGGGGUGGGGUGUUGCCGGUGGCGGAGGGGUUCGCACUUCGCCCUGACACAACGAGUCAACCUGUCACAGCAGUGAUCCAUGCACUGUCACGGCAGAGAUUCCCUUCCCACCAGGCCUCUGGAUAG